AUGACUUCGUCGACUAUCCCGAUCGAGCUGCCCGGGCAGGUGGGCUUUCUGGCAACGGCCACCAUAUGUAUGGUGCUGCCGACGACUUUGGUGGUUUUACGUAUUCUUGCUCGUCGGAGAACGUCUCUGUCAUUGAACGGCAGCGACUUUUGCAUAAUGGCAGCUCUGACCUUCGAUAUUGGCCUGUGUAUUGUCGAUUAUUUCAUGGUGCUGAAAGGCGGCUUCGGAUUCCAUAUCAAAGAUAUCGAGAGAAGAUUCGGGCCAGAAACCCUCGUCACGUUCAACAAAACGUUGAUACCUGUUGCGCGGAUGAAGCUCGCCGUCCGAAUCGUGGGAACCUUCAUCGUCUUGUUCGCCAUCGGAGGAAUUCUGGAGGCCUUUUUGAUAUGCAGGCCGUACGCAAAGAACUACUACGUUAAUCUGCCGGGUACCUGCGGGAACGUCAGGACGUUCUACAUCUGGCUGAGCGCUCUCAACCUAUUCAGCGACCUCGUCAUCCUCUUCCUGCCCAUCCCCUUUCUCUACAAGCUGCAGAUGCCGCUGAAAAAGAGAUUGGGCUUGAUUAGCAUGUUCAUGGUUGGCGUUCUAACGUGCGUCGUGACCCUCUACCGCCAGACCACUCUUGGAAACAUGGACCUCACGGACAUAACUUCAAGCGGGCUGCUCGCCUUCCUCGCCUCCACAAUCGAGAUUGCCGUCGCCAUCUGCAUCGCCUGCCUGCCCUUCCUCCGAGCACUUUGGGGUUCGCUAUCAAGCCAGCGUGGUGGAUCGUCCAACAACUACGAGUCUUGCGGAUCCAGAGGACUUGCGAACGGCAGGAGGACCUUGAAGAGUGAUGGGUUCGGACACCUUCCUGACGACUCCUCCGAGAUCAGGCUACAGCCCGUAGAGCCGAAUAGCGGGAGGCUUGUGUAA